GGGAUGUUACAUUCCAAUUUUCAUUCUCUAAUUAGUAUAUACUACCAAAGAAAUUAAUUAAAGAAGCAAAAUGGCAAUUAGUACUCGUGCUAUUUUCGUGGCUACAAUUGUCAUAUGUUCAUUUUUGGCUGUUUGUGAAGGUGAGAUAUUGUUCUCUACCCUCAAGAAAUCUCUUGAAGUGAAGGCUGACCACAAAGCAGGAGUAUUGAUGGCCGGGGAGGACGCGCUGACGCUCAAGUGGUCCUUGAACAAUACACUCCCAGCAGGGUCAGAUUCAGGCUACAAGUCAGUAAAAUUGGAGCUGUGUUACGCUCCCAUAAGCCAAAAAGACCGUGCGUGGAGGAAAACAGAAGACCACCUUAAAAAGGACAAAACUUGUCAAUUCAAAAUUGCAACGGUACCAUACAAAUCGUCAAACAACAAUUACAAUUGGACAAUCAAGAGGGAUAUCCCAACAGCUACUUACUUUGUUAGAGCUUAUGUUUUGAAUGGUAAUGGUGAAGAAAUUGGUUAUGGACAAAACACUGAUGACAAAAAAGUAGACAACCUUUUCAGCAUUCAAGCAAUUAGCGGACGACAUGCUACUUUGGAUAUUUGUUCUGUUGUCUUCUCUGCUUUCUCUGUUGUCUCUCUCUUUGCAUUUUUCUACAUGGAAAAGAGAAAGGCCAGGGCAGGUAAGUGAUGAUCGUGACGAUGACGAUGACGAUGAUGGAUCUACAUUUGUGUGACUAUGCGUAAGGAAAUUAAAUAAUCUCCUUUUUAUUUUCGAUGUAUCGUAGACUUUUAUAUAUAUUUAUAUAUAUGUAUAAGAUAAUGUAUUAAUUAAGUUUAAUACUGAGUUUGAUGACUCAUCAUGUGUCAUGCGUGACAUUGUAUUAAUUGCCUUCUUGUUUAAAUUUAAACUCUGUACUUUUAUUUGAUGAUGGAAGUUUGUUUUAUCAGUUUUUUA